CGGCAGCGGCUUCCCGCCGACGUCGAGCUCCACCCCAUCCCGCGGGGCUGAGCCCGGCGCAGCGCGCUCCCGGAUUGGGGCGAGGACGCGCCUCCCAACCGCCGAGCCAGGCGCGCCCCCGAGGUUUAGCCUCAGCCCGUGACUGAGGCAGGAGCUGCCAGUUGAGUCCCCAGCGCCGGCUCCGCUCUUCCUGCUGCUGUAGGCACAAAUCCUGGAUCAAAGAUCCCUGGGAGAGACAAUGAGCUAUUGCUAGGCUGCCUAUACUGCUGAUUUUCAGUUGAUUCCUGCAGUUUGAGGCGCCUGGAGUCAUGGCAGACUGGCUGCUCAUUGGAUUGUUUGCUGCACUGGUUGCGCUUCUGCUGUUGACGCUCUUUGGCUUUGCUGUUUAUUCGGGGCUCUUCACAGAAGUGAUUGUGAGUGCCGGCUUGCCCCCCUUCAGCAGCAUCACUGUGGCAUAUAAAUUCCAGGUGGGGCCUUAUGGUGACUCUGGAAGGCUGUUUACGGAGAGCUGCAGCAUCUCUCCAAGGCUGUGCUCCAUUGCUCUCUACUAUGACAGCCCUCACACGAUGAGUUCUACAAAGGCAACAGUGAGAGUCAGGAGGAGGCUGACAGCCACCUCUGGACCUCUUGUGGAUCCAGAUAAAUGCCGCUAUCUUGUGGGUAGCAUCUUGAGUGAAGGAGAAGAGAAGCCAUCUGAGGAAGUGGUGCGCAUGUUUCUGAAGUAUGGUUUCAAGAUCAUCAACUUCCCAGCCCCUAGUCAUGUUGUCAUGGCAACUUUUCCCUACACGACUCCACUGUCCAUCCAUCUGGCAGUGAACCGUGUCCACACAGCCCUUGACGUAUACAUCAAGGAGCGGAAACUGUGUGCCCAUCCCAGACUGGAAAUCUACAAAGGCAACAAAAUCUAUUUUGUAUGCCCCCUUGCCCGUCAAGGGGACUUCUACGUGCCUGAAAUGAAAGAGUUGGAGAAGAAAAGCAGAGCAGCAGCUGCAGUUGCAGCAGCAGAAGCUGAAGAUGCUCAAAUAGAUAUCACAGGGGCCGACACCUUAAGUGAGAACAGCUCUGUCAGCUUGGAGACUACAACCAACAGCAGAGAUACUUCAGUGGCUACCUCCAUCUUGUCCCCCUUCACGUCUGGCCAUAGCCGAGAUGAGGUGGACAAUCGCAGUGAGCACAGUUACAGCGAGUCAGGGGCUAGUGGCUCCUCCUUUGAGGAACUGGACUUGGAAGGCAAUGGUGAUGGUGAUGGAAUGGCAGGUCUGUCGGCUGACCUUGGUUCUGUUGAGGACCAGGACACCGCCAAGGCCAAAUGGACCAAGGAGCCUAUUGCCCUGGAGAAAGAAAGGGGCGAAGAAUAAAGCCAUUUCUUUUCUCGUGUUUCUUGGGGAUUGGAAAGAGAAACUGAUCAUCUCUCUUGCUUCUUUUCUGUCCAGCCAAAAGAUUUCGGUCACUAAUCUAUGUUGAGACCUGUCCUACUCUUUGUCUGCAGACAAGUAUUUGGGGUGUUAUAAAGGAAGAGCAGUUAUAUCCA